AUGCGCGUCCCUUCUUUUUCUCUCCCUCUGGCAUUGUUGGGCCUCGUGGGCUCUGCUAUUGCUUAUCCAUACGAGGGUGGUGCUCUCUUGCGUCGUGACUCGGAUAGUCAGGCUAAGGCCGAUGCUGUGAAGGAAGCUUUCCAGCAUGCAUGGGAUGGAUAUUCAAAAUAUGCUUUCCCUCAUGAUGAGCUACACCCAGUGAGUAAUGGCUAUGGUGAUUCCAGAAAUGGAUGGGGUGCGUCCGCUGUCGAUGCGCUAUCAACUGCUAUUAUCAUGGGCAAUAAGGAUGCCGUUCAAAAGAUUUUGGACCAUAUUGACACCAUCGACUUCUCACAGACAAGUACUGAAGUCAGCCUCUUUGAGACCACUAUCCGGUACCUGGCUGGAAUGCUGUCUGGCUACGACUUGCUCAAAGGCCCUGCGGCAAACCUUGGCGUCGAAGAAAGCCAAGUAGAUAAUUUGCUCACCCAGUCAAAGAAACUUGCCGACGUUUUGAAGUUUGCAUUUGACACGCCAUCUGGUGUUCCUUAUAACAAUCUCAACAUCGCUACCAAGGGAAAUGAUGGUGCGACUACCAAUGGCCUGGCAGUGACUGGAACUCUGGCUCUGGAGUGGACACGCUUGUCUGACCUGACUGGUGAUCAGGAAUAUGCCAAACUCAGUCAAAGGGCUGAGUCUUACCUUUUGAACCCUCAACCGUCGAGCGCAGAGCCCUUCCCUGGCUUGGUGGGAAGCUACAUCAACAUCUCCAACGGACAUUUCGUCGACGGAGCUGUCUCUUGGAACGGCGGCGAUGACUCUUUCUACGAGUACUUGAUCAAGAUGUACGUGUAUGAUCCCAAACGGUUCAAGUCAUACAAGGACCGCUGGGUCCUCGCAGCCGAAUCAUCAAUCAAGCACCUAGCAUCGCACCCGGCACCCCGUCCAGAAUUGACUUUCCUGGCCUCAUACAACAAUGGUCAAUACGGCCUGGACUCGCAGCACUUGACCUGCUUUGAUGGCGGUAGCUUCCUCCUGGGAGGUACCGUACUUGAUCGCCAGGAUUUUAUCGACUUUGGCCUGCAGCUCGUUCACGGCUGUGAGGCGACGUACAAUCAGACUUUGACUGGCAUCGGACCGGACUCCUGGGGUUGGGAUCCUAAGAAAGUGCCGAGCAACCAGAAGCAGUUCUACGAGGAUGCUGGGUUUUACAUCAACAGCGGCUCAUAUGACCUGCGCCCCGAAGUGAUCGAAAGCUUCUACUACGCCUACCGUAUCACAGGGAAUGAGAUCUACCGUGAUUGGGUGUGGAACGGCUUCAAGGCAAUCAAUGCCACCUGUCGCACUGAUUCAGGGUUUGAUGCCAUGAGCGAUGUCAACAAGAUUGGCGGUGGCUCCCACUACGACAAUGAAGAGAGCUUCCUCUUCGCCGAGGUCAUGAAAUACGCCUACUUGGUACACGCAGAGGAUGCCCCAUGGCAAGUGCAAAGGGGUGGAAAAAACGCCUUUGUGUUCAACACUGAGGCCCAUCCUUUUAAAGUGUCGCACACCUAA